AGAGUGUUACGUGGAUGCACUUCCGGGUCGAAAGGCCAUUGUCGGCGCCCCGCUUUCCCUGGCCUAUCCUGCCCCCCCCCCCCGCCCUCCGCUGCUUCUCUCCCUCUGCCAAGAUGGCGGCGGGCGCGGGUGGCGGAAGUGGUGCCGGCGCGGCCGGGGCUGCCUCGGUGGCCUCGCUGUGGAGCGAAGUGAACCGCUGCGGCCAGAACGGCGACUUCGGGCGCGCCCUCAAGUCGGUCAAUAAAAGUGAGUGGAGGGCGACGGAAGUUGCACGGGGCGAGGGACGGGGCUUUGCCCCUGGCGUCGCCUCCUUUAUUCUCUCUCUCCGGGGUGGGGGGCAGCCUGCAACUUUUUCUUAGUUAACCCCCCUUCCCUUCGAAACACUUUCCCAAGCGCUUCCUGUGCAUUAGCUUCGCUGGAACCUUCACAACCACCCUGCAGAGCGGGAAGAACGGCUUGCCUCCGAUUUGCUCGUGGCUGAGGGGUGGCUCAUUUGCUUAGCCACUCCAGUAACACUUAAAUGUGACCCGGCGGCAGGCGGUGCUCCUGUGCCCCUUUGUGCUGAUCCUGCGUUAAGAAGGUCUCUCUUCUUCAUGAGUGACAAGGCUUGGCUCACUCUUUUUCGUGGGUGGCGCCAGGCAAGCCCCUAGUCCUUCAACUUUAGCGCUGUUGCCCCGCUUCAGUAUGGGAAUGAUGUUGGUGAUGAUAAUAAUAAUAAUUUUAUUAUUUAUACUGCGUCCCCAGCCACUCUGGGCAGCUUCCAUCACAUCUUAAAAACAUAAGGAAAUGUCAUACAUUAAAAAAGGUUUACGACAAUAUCGGCCUGGUUUCUAGGGUGCUUGUAAAGACCGCAGUGAGGUAAUGCUGGCGAAGUGUUUUGAAUACAGUAUUUAAAAGUGUGCUGUAACUUGAGUAUUAGUAACAGUGCAGUUCAAUUCAGUGGACUUACUCCCAGGUAAGUGAGGUUAGGAUUGCAGCCACUUAUUCCUCGAAGUGCUCUGUGGCUUUAACAGUUGUGUGACAGCCAGAAAUACAUGAUGUGGUCAUUCAUGUCACUGUACUUGCAUGCUUGGGAAAAUCUUGCUUGCUGAAUUGUUACUUGGUUGUACAGGGGAUGUGCUAGGGAAAAACCUGCCACGUAUGUAAAGAGGAAGAGGGUUGUGCAGUUAUGCAUCUGUAAGUUAAAGAAUUGAAUUGCUAUAUUGAAUUGAGUUAGGAUGCUAAUCUAUGAAACUGUCAUAUCACUUUGAAAUAAGUCCUGCUAUGUUCAGUGGGACUUAAUGCCUAGAAUGUGUGUUUAGGCUUGCAGCAAAGUAUUCCCUCCUGCAGCUACACAUUGCCCUCUCACUGUUGAUCUUCCCUCGCAAUCUGUCUUUCUACCAUAUUAUCACAGACUUGUAGAGUUGGAAAGGAGCCCAAGGGUAAUCUAUUCCAACUGCAGGGCAGGGAUCUCAGCUAAAGCAUCCAUGACAGAUGGUCAUCCACGCUCUGCUUAAAAACCUCCCAAGGAAGGAGGAAGAAAGAAUAUAAUAAGUUUGCCUACCAAACUUCUCACUAAGGAGCCUUUAAUAAGCUUCCAACUGGUAUAAUUUGGUUCCCUGGACCACAGUUGGAAAAGUGCUGUGAUAAUCUAAACUGGUUGUUUUCAAGGUACAAAUAACAGUCCCUGGGUCCUCAUUGUUUAAUUCCUUGCUUUUGCUUUUCCUAGUACUGCAGAUCAGCAAGGAUGAUGCAACUGCUCUUCACUGCAAAGUGGUAUGCCUUAUCCAAAACGGAAGUUUUAAGGAAGCUCUCAGUGUGAUUAACACCCAUACCAAAGUAUUAACCAGGUGAGUGUUGAAUAUUAGCUGCUUAUCAAACAACAUGGCUUUCAGACAGUGCAAGAGUUCUUUCAGUUUUUCAAAAUAUGCAAACGGAAGCAUUUACAAAAUAAAGAAAAAUACAGUUUCAAGAAAAUCUUAUUUCUUCUUAGUCAAUUAAUUCUCAAAGUGUAGGCUAAAAAAGUUUACAUUUUGAGUGUGGGGUGGUAAAAAGUCCAGGAUGUUACAGGAGUUAUCCAGUUUGGUUUCUAUGUGCAUUACUGUAAUGAGCAUUCUUCCUAAUUGGAAGGCCAGUAAUUCCCCAACAAAUUCACGUUGCAGCCUCUGCUGAGGGUGAGUAACACUGGUGAGUCUUCUGUAUUAGAGCACAGUGGUGCCUCGCAAGACGAAAUUAAUCUGUUCCGCGAGUGUCUUCGUCUAGCGGUUUUUUCAUCUUGCGAAGCAACCCUAUUAGCGGCUUAGCGGUUUAGCGGCUAUUAAAGGCUUAGCGGCUUAGCUGCUAAAAGGCUAUUAGCGGCUUAGAAAAAGGGGGGGAAAGCGAAAAAAAAAUCUCAAGACUUGCAAGACAUUUUCGUCUUGCGAAGCAAGCCCAUAGGGAAAUUCGUCCUGCGAAGCAACUCAAAAACGGAAAACCCUUUCGUCUAGCGGGUUUUCCGUCUUGCGAGACAUUCGUCUUGCGGGGCACCACUGUAACCAUAUCACACCCAUACAGAGAGACAACAGAAUUAGCUGCCGCCAGUGAAAGCUAAUUGGGAAGAGGCAAGACCAUGCAGAGGUGCAACAGGCAACCUCCAGUGUGAAUGUGUGCUUUUAGGUGCACAGAGUGUUUUAUUGUUGAAUGAGUUUCUUGGUACACUAGAAGGUCUUUUGCAGCACACUAAUAUGUCCCAGCAUGCAGCUGCAUAAUUGCUGACCUAAAUCCUGUGUGUCUGUAUGUAUCAAAAAAGGUUUCCUAGUUGCAUUGUGGGAAAAGAAGCUACAAGACAAGUCAUAGAAUCAUAGAAUUGUAGAGUUGGUAGGGAACCCGAGGGCCCUCUGGUCCAACCCCUGCAAUGAAAGAAUGUUAAUAUAGUGUUAAUAAAAAAGCAGUUUAUGGGAUAUCAAGAAAAAUAUCAAUCCAGUAAAGAUUGUAUCAGUCAGUAAGCCAGCACUUUCAAAAGCAGUGUGGCGUGCAAAAGGAAUGUGUGUUCAAUGCACAAAAUAUAGACACACUUCUUUGUCUUGCUAAUCAGAUAAAAAUUAUUAUUGCGAAGCCAUUCUAUUUUUGCUUUUUCUCUGUUGCAACAUAUCUGUUUUGUUAGAAUAUUGUUGCCAUAUUAGUCUGAGACAAUGAGAAAUUCAUGAAUAUUAGCUCCUUUCUUGAAGCUUAUCAUAUUAUUUUACAUAAUUACAAACUUGGCACAUGUCCAAAAAUAUGUCUUUAUGAUUUCUAAAGUAUUAGUUCCCUUUUCUUGUGUUGUUUGGUUCAAUAUAAUGUCAGUGUAUAUAGGAUUCACUCUUCAGUAAUGAGUCUUAGCAAACACAACUGCUUUUUGAAGAGUUGAUAAUGAGAAAUCACAUCCCACUUCCGGCUUAUAUGUUACAGUGAUGUGAUAGCCUUUGAGAAGGCUUACUGUGAAUACAGGCUGAACAGGAUUGAAAAUGCUCUGAAGACCAUUCAAGGAGCCAGUCAGCAGACAGACAAGCUAAAGGAGCUGUAUGGACAAGUGGUAACUACUGCUUUGCAAACCCUUACUGCUUUUAAUAACUGGAUAUAAGGCUUCAGGUGCUGUGGUGGUGGAGUUUUCUCAAUCUAAAUGUGUGCUCUUUUACGGCAGGUUAGCAAUCCCCUAAAUAGGUCAGCCACAGUCCAGUCCUGCAGCAAUGGAUGCUGACAGUCUACCAACACUGUGUUGAAUAGUGAAGACUGAUUAUAAUGGUUCUUGUUAAUUAAGCAGACCUGUCCUUACUUUUUGCCAUCUUUCUUGUCCUCGUGGAUGGUCCUAUGAAAUGAGAACAUUUCAAAAUUGAAAAUGCAGCUUAGCCACGUAUUUUUCAUUGUGCACAACAUUAUGAGUCCAGAAUUUAAUAUGACUCUUCACUGGUAUUUCACUUCACCUAAAGAUCACUGAUCUUUAAAACCAGCAGGUUAUAAUGCUGGAAAUGUCAGUAUAAGCAAGUGAUAAUAUUUUUUUUCACUUAUGGGGGAACUGCAUAUGUAUAAAUCCAUUGGACUCUAAUAAUAAUAAUAAUUAAUAGUUAAUUAAUAAUAAAGCCAAGAAUAAAAUUUUGAUAUUCUACUUGCUUUUCAGUAUCUUCCUGGUUGAGGAUUAAGGGGUGAUAAAAUGCUUUAGAGAAACAUCUUAUAGAAACUAGAAUUGCCUGGGCUUAGCAUGGAAAUUUAUUCCAGCAAUUGUGAAGUGCCUCUCAGUGUUCUGGGAAUUACCAAGAGGGAUAUUUUGUGAUGGACAAAGUGCAUUGGAGGAACAGUGUGUUUCCCAUGACAGCUCUGGGUCUAUAGGCACAUGCUAUGUUGUUGCUCUUCAGCCUAGAACUUUUGGCAUUGAUUUUCUCAACAACCAGAGGUGACAGUUUAGAAUUGAUGACCUUGGUAACUAUUAUACAUUCACUCUUUCUUCUUGAAGAAAGUUGUUGCUUAGUGACAUGGAUGGGUCUUGGUCUUUGUUCAGUGUUUCUUCCAUAACACUGUGCAUGUUAGUGGUUAUUCUUUUUCAAUAAAGUUUUUUUCAAAAAAGAAGAAUAACGGGGGUUAGAUUUCAUUGUAGUGUAAAGUGGGGUUUGCGUGUGCAGAACAAGGCCCACUCACACCAUGGGAUUUCCCCUGUGUGCCCCCUAAACUUGUUCUGGGGGUUCCCCAAUAUUCCAAUGAAGAUUUGGGGGACGCAAGGAAGAAGAGGAGGAAAUCCCAUUUUGCCACCUGACUGCAUUCUGUGCAUGCAGCAACUUAGUUGAAUCCCGUCCAAUACCUGCCUGGAUUAUAGGUAUAGUAUAAACAUUACUGAGAUAUUAUGGUUGCUAUUUUAUUUUGCAGACCUCGUUUUGACUGUUUUCUGGUCUGUUGAGCUGCUAAUCCAGAUUUUUCCUUCCAGUUGUACAGAUUAGAACGUUAUGAUGACUGUUUAGCUGUGUACCGGGACCUCAUACGCAACUCACAAGAUGAUUAUGAAGAGGAACGGAAAACGAACCUCUCUGCAGUUAUUGCUGCACAAAGCACAUGGGAGAAAGUCGUGCCAGUAAGUAAGUUUGUGGCAGUGUGUAUGUGUACGUGCGAGAGAGAAAGAGAGAGAGACUUCCUCCUUCAUCUAUUCUUGCUGUAAGUGAACUGCAGGUGAACUGCAUAAACGCCAUAAAAUACAGGGAAGUGUCUUAUUGGAACAUUGACGUAUGAAGCUGAUAUCUCUGUUAUUCCCAAGUCUGGUAAAGACCAAACUAGUCCAAAUUAUAGGCCAAUCACCUUAAUUAUUGUAGUCAGCAAGAUAAUAAUAGGAGGCAUUGCUAACCAGACUGUGAUGGCUAUAGUAGUACAUUAAUAUUACUUGCCAAAGAGGGGGAGCAGAUAAUUUAAGGUUGGUAGGAAAAGGGGAUGCUUCAAACAGUAAAAGAGUUGAUGUGGCUGCAGUUAUUUCCCUAGAUGCCGAAAAGGCUUUUGUCAAACUACAUUGACAGUUUAUUUCUGUUACUUUGGGGGGGGGGGAAGGAUUUCCUCAGGAAGUUAUGGAUUGGAUUAGGAACUUAUGCCUUUUCUCCCAAUCACAGAUAAUUGGAACUUGGCACUUGAGGACAUUCGUACACUUUUAAAUUCCUGUAACGUGAGGACUGAUAGACAACAAAAGUGGAUUCUGCAAUAUUUUAGAAGACACCUGACUUUUAGAAGACAUUCCCUGUUAAGGGAAGCUUUUAAUGUUUAAUAGACUAUUGUAUUUUAAUAUUCUGUUGGAAGCCGGCCAUAGUGGCUGGGGAAACCCAGCCAGAUGGCCAGGGUGUAAAUAAUAAAUUAUUAUUAUUAUUUCAAGGCUGGAAGGAUAAACACCCAGCUGCUGCUCACUUGACUCCCGGUUGGUUGUACCACUGCUGCUUACUGGGAGGUAGAGGGCAAGGUGCAAGGUCAGCACAGUGCAAAUACACCAGCAGGAGUACCAGAUUAGCUCUGGCAGUGCAUUUGCACUGUAUUGACUUCCCUGCUGCUGCCGCCUCUCGCAGUCCCUACCAAGCAGUAACAUGACUGACCAGAGGUCAGAUGCAUGCCACAGCCCCAUCGUGCCAUCAGACACACACACACACACACACACACACACACACACACACACCAUGAGAAGAUACAGCAGGUGGAAACACAGGGUGGCCUCAUCUGUGGUAGCUUUAAGACCAUGGAGUGCCCCAAGGAAGCUUGCUUGAACCCAGGGUUGCAUAUAUUUAAGUGGGCAGUUAAAAACAACAACAACUUGCAUUUUCCUACAAUCUUCCUUAGAUACAGUUUUUAAAAUUCUGAUUGCCUUUUUAUAUUGGUAUACUGGUGGUUACUUUUGCGUUUUUAAUGUGGUUAUUGUUUGAUGCCGUAAAUGUAUGCCUUUGUUUAGUAAUUUACUUAACAUCUGUUUAUAUGCGAAAGAAUCUUUAUGCCACUACAACAUCUUGCCGCCAAUGUGUGCUAAGGAAUGAAAGAAACGCUUGAUGAAAGGAGCUUUGGGCUUCUAGAAUCGUGUGAUGAUUUGCUUGCAUAUUGUUCUUUUGUGCCUCGUAUAUAGUUAGAAAGAAGGGUGUUCAUACAGCUUCCUAUUAGUAUGUAUCACCUGCUUGUGGCUUUUGAAUUUACUGCAUGUUAAUUUAAGAACCCUUCAUGCUUUGGAAGAAUUGUUUUGAUCUGCGUCUAGCCAUCUGACCCAAAGUGUUCAUGCAAACUGGUUCACACUGUAAUUCAGAACGAGGUAUCCCUUUAUUUACUUCGUUAUUUUUGCUCUGUCCAGGAGGAUCUUGGCCUUCAAGAAGCCACAUAUGAGCUGAGUUACAAUGCUGCUUGUUCUUUGGUUGGGCAGGCCAGGCUGAACGAGGCAAUGAAAAGCCUACAAAGAGCGGAAGGUAAUGAAUGAGAAGAUUAAUUUGUCCUUUCCUUGUAACCCGUUGUGCUGCUUUUGUGGAAGGACGUCACAAGAUCUAAAUCCUUUAAUAAAUGAAAUUGAGAAAAUAGACAUGGGGAUUAUUGUGUCCCUAAAUUUAUUCUCUGCAUCUGCAAAUGUAUUUCAAGAAUGCCUUUACAGCCACCAGUAACCUGUCGUUCCUAUAGACUGCACAGGAUUUCCUCCCUGCACUAAUUUGCAUUCAUUUUGGUAAGAAAAAUCAAGUUUCGAAUAGCUAGAUCCCAUUCCCGCCCCCCCCCCCGGCAGCAACUUGGAAAAACAAGCAAAGACCAAACAAAAUUGAACUGAAGGGAGAUGUGGGGAGAACUCAAGAUGGUUAAAUUGAUAGUACUACUAAGAAAUCCAUAAUUGUAUCAUGUAUCGACAUGCAGUUGGAAACUUAGGAUCUAGUAUAUUAAGGGCAGAUUAGGAAUUAAGAUAUGCGGAGAAUGAUUAUAGGAUGCUGUCAAAUACAGUCAUACCUCGUGUUACGUUUGCUUCAUGUUGCAGCUUUCCAGGUUACAAACGUGGUAAACCCAGAAGUGUUUACUUCCAGGCUCGCUGCAUGCACAGAAGUGAUCUGUGUGCUUUGCACAUGCGCAGAAGCGCUCUUUCGCACACUCGCAAUAGCAGCACUCUACUUAUGGACUUUUCAGGGUGCGAACGGCACCCCGAAAUGGAUCGCGUUCGUAAAUAGAGAUACCACUGUAUAGAGAAAUAUCAGGCAUCCUUGCACUUCUGUGAUGCAAAUGAAGUUUCUAUAGGCAGGUGUUAAUCAGUGGUGGAACCUUGAUUGGUGGCUCAUAUCUAUGGCAAAAUGUGUGCUACCUCCACUGUCAGAGGCAAUAUGACUCUGAAUACCAGUUUUUGGGCAGCACGAGUGGGAAGAGUGCUGCUGCACUCCUACCUAUAGGCUUCCUGUAUGCAUCUUGUUCACCACUGUGAGAACAAGGGGCUGGAAUGGAUGGGCCUUCGGUCAGAUCCAGUAGGGCUCUUCUUAUGUCCAAAAUUAAUUUGUCACACUUUCAUUGUAGAUCUGUGUCGCCAGUCUCUCUCAGAAGAUUCGGUGAGUCACUAGUGUUACACCGAGAAUACUUUUUCCGCUCGGCAGGUUUUAAUAUUCUCAGUAUGUGUGCAUGUAAGCUAAUUGCAUAAAUCUGCUUGGUUAUGUGUUAUCUGCCUGCUUUCCUUCAUCACACUGGAUUUCAAGUGUUCUCCAUCAGCACUUUUCUUUUUACUUCUGUGCCAUUAAAUAGCAGUGUGCCUCUUUUCACAUGAAUGGCUUCACCGAGAAGUGUUAACAGUGUAGAAUUAAACUUUGUGAAUUCUGUAGCAAGGGCCAUUGCUGAUAUUACCAAUUUAAAUAUCCAGAGCUUCCAUUAUCCGCUGAAGCCAUUUAAAAAAGUAUUCUUAGUGAACACAAUAAUGGCAAAGUAAGGCAGUUUUAUGUCCUGUUGAUUUCAAUGGAUGAGAUUUGCAUGCUUGCGUGACUCACCCAAUGAGAGAAAUGGUACCAGGAGUGCAAUCCAAUGCAUAUUUUCUCUGUUCAAUGGGGCUUGCUCUCUAGCUGUGUUACUAAUAAGUACUAGUUACCAAUAGAUAUAUUUGCAGGUUUGGGUGAUACUAAAUUCCAGCAUGCAUAAUUUGGAUUUACCCUUUCUCUCCCCUUCCCCUCCCUGGCAACCCCAGGAAUACCUCCCCACAAAAUCUGCUCUGGGGGGUUAGGGUCCACUGACUUGACAUUGGAUUCCAUCCAUUGAUCUGUGGAUAUUACAUAACCGGUGCAAGGUUUCAAGGUUGUGUGUUAACUUUUUUUUUUACUGUUUCCUUUUAGGAUGUUACCGAAGAAGACAUUGAGGCUGAACUGGCUAUUAUUCACGGUCAGAUGGCUUAUAUCUUGCAGUUGCAAGGUCACACAGAGGAAGCCCUGCAACUUUACAAUCAGAUAAUCAAACUGAAGUAAGUGACUUCUGUAAAAUGGUGGCAUUGGUGGUCUUGGCAUCUUUUUAAAAAAGAAGACAUAUUUACAAGUGCACAUGCAUGCUCUGUUCUGUGCAGGCCAACAGAUGUCGGGUUGCUUGCUGUCAUCGCCAACAACAUCAUUACCAUUAACAAGGUAUGGCAUUAUCCUAGUAAUUCCUCAAGCAUGUUUUGCAGAAGAAAUUGCAUAAAAGGAGCGUGAUGUGUCUUAAUUGCAGCAAGCAACCUGGGAAACAUCAUGUUCCUGUUGACUGAGUUAUGCAUCUUGGGAUGCUGUCUUUCACAGGACCAAAACGUCUUUGACUCAAAGAAAAAGGUGAAACUGACCAACGCUGAGGGUGUUGAGCAUAAACUCUCAAAGAAACAGCUCCAAGCAAUAGAAUUCAAUAAAGCUCUGCUGGCCAUGUACACCAACCAGGUAAUGUUAUGCCACUUCAGUUGCUUUGAUGCAUGGUUUGUUAUCAAGGAGGGCAGGGAGCAGCUUGGUUUGUUGGCUUACACUUCUAAAUCCUGCCUUCUCUCUGUAGAAUCAGCAUUCCUAACCAGCUAAUCUUUUUCUCUUGUUCCUUAGGCAGAUCAGUGUCGCAAACUGGCAUCAAGUUUACAGUCACAGAGUCCCGAACAUCUCCUCCCCGUGCUAAUCCAGGCAGCACAGUUGUGUCGAGAGAAACAGCAUACCAAGGCAAUAGAGCUGCUACAGGUAGGCUGUGGUUCACUGCUUGAGGAAAUAUGCAGGAGAUGACAAAGCUCUGAAUCAUUGUUCAUCUAGAUGAGGUUGAGGAGGAAGGGAAUUCAUGAACCUGCUGGGCACUGGGAGUCAUAGUUAGAUUUGACAGUGUUAUUUUUGCAACAGCCCAAGCAUUCAGUGAAACUAUGGAUUAGCUUGUUGAGCUAAGCCUUUUCCCAAAAAGUUAGGUAUGGUAAUACACUAGUGAGAUCUGCUUGUCUGAGAUCUGCAAGCAGUGAGAGAUUUAGAGAGACAAGAGAACUGCCUUAAGUGUGGCUUGGUAUAGGUGCAGUACAUAAACGUGCCUGGUUGAAAACUAUAGUUCUAAGGUGCACUGCAAAUCAUGGUUUAGACUUAAGCAUAUUUUAGGUAAUGGCAUAGCAAAUGGGACCCUUUAUUAACAUAUUGCUGUGUAUCCCUGUCCCCUAAUAGAAGAGCUUCUGUUCAAGGGACUCGGAGUUUGUUACAGGAGAGUCAAGAGACAUAAGACUCCACAGUGCAAAAACUAUUCAUUGCAAGGUCCCUGUUCUGGAAAUUCUGAAGCUGAUUCUGUUUGAAAGCCUCCUGAUUUGUGUUUCCAUUUCUGACCUGUAGGAGUUUGCCGAUCAGCACCCAGAGAAAGCAGCAGAGAUUAAGCUGACGAUGGCACAGUUGAAAGUUGCUCAAGGUACUGUAGCCUCACUUCCUUUGGAAAGAAGCUUCCUGAGCAUUCAGCUACAGUUUCAUACUGUUUCCAUAUACUACAAUGAGCACUCUCAUUCUUAACUCAUUUUUUUCUCAAAGGGAGGCUGCCUUCUGGGGGAGCUUAGGUUAAAGGCAGGAAGGGGCAAUACCUGAAGUCUUCACCAUCUAGAAAGCUUGCAAGUUGAACAAAUUUGUAUGAUUUUCUUACAGAGCAGUGGUGGUGAUGAUGAUAGCAUUUUUGCAUAAUUCAAGUUUUACUAAUUAGGAAAAAUAUGGAGCCCUGAACCCUCUCAGCUGUGACCAGUGAAAUUCUUAUUUAAACAUUCCUUUAGCUUUUGAUACUUCAGUUAUUUCCCACAUGUUUUCAUGCAUAUUUUUUGCAGUCAUAAGGGCUAGCACCUUUCGCUCUUUAAAUAAAAGGCUGAGUUUCUCAUGAAGCUGGCUUCUGCAGAAUCGUGGCAAGCAUGCAGCCCUGAUUGAUGGUUUCUAUAAUCGCUCCUUUUUAUCUGUCUAAUAAAAAGAGAGUUGCUUGAUGGUAGAACAGAUGUCCUAGCACAGAGGAGUGGAGCCAGUUGCCAAUAACCACACUUUUUGUUCUCCUUCCCUUCCCCUUUCUCUCUCUCUCUCAAAGGCAGUGUCACGAAAGCAUGUAUCAUCCUGAGGUCUAUAGAAGAGUUAAGGCACAAACCAGGCAUGGUAGGUUGCAGCUAAAUCUAAACACACACAGAGUUUUAUGCAUCCUAUUGACACCACCCCCAGUGUCAUAUUCUUCUCCUAGCAUGCCAUUCUGACCCUAGGUUGGGUGGUUAGACUACUUUUUCUUUUUGACAUGUCUGUCUGUCUCAAGAGACAAUGGAGCGUUUGUGGGUGGGGAGUCAAACCACUGUGUUAGCAGCACCGAAGUGACCUGCCCAGGGCACAAGCCAGGGCAGUGUUUUUGGAGGUCCUGGGCUGCCCAGAUUACAAGACACCACUCUCAGCCUCGCUGAUAUGGUUCAAAGGAAAGCAGAGCAAUAUGUUUGGCGUCAUCUUUGCUACAGGAGUUGCUGGUAUACAAGGCACCAUCCAACCAUUUUAGGGACUCCACGCUGGAUUUGUGUAGGGUUUACUCCUUGGCCUUUUCUUCUCCUGAAGACAUCCCACAAGGCAGUGGAGGUUUAGGAUUAGAGCUUUCGUUCUCCUGGAUGGGCUGCCUUCCCAGGUUGACAAGUCCCAUCAUGGCUGGACUACAAGUUGCUCAUUUGCCUCUUUAUUUUGUAUGCGUAAGUUCUGUUUGGACUCUUGAUCAGUAAUAUGUUUGGUCCACAGGACUUAGCAAUAACAGACAUCUUGAUCUCUUCUGCCUCCUGUUGCUAGAGGUGUGUAACUCAACAACAUGAAUCUUUGGCUACUAAUCUAGCAGCGAUUGUGAACUUGGCCCUGAAGCAAGCUUGUAAAUAUCCAAAAUUUUGCGCCAAGAUAUCACAUAUGUUAUGGUCUUAUAUAAAUAGUUUCCAUGACUUGCUUAAUUUCUAAGUUGUGUGAAUAUUUCAGGCUUUUCGUGCUCUUCCAAUAUGGAAAUGACAAUAUUUAAAUCCUGCUUUCUGCUAAAAGAAGCAUACAACACAAAACUACUCAAUGCAAUUGAGCAAAAGUACAACUAAUAGCCAAUUUCUAAAAGCAGUAACAAAUAGUAAAUUAGGGUGUUACACAUUAAAAGCCUGCCAGAAUAAAAGUUCAUUCAGUUUUGGGUGAAAUAAUUUCAUUUGGGAGAGUAUUUCAGAGCUGCAGCACUACCACCAAAAAGGCCCUGUCUCUUGUUUGCUCACUAAAUUUUCUAAGAUGGCACUGCAAAACAAUGCCUCCAACAUGCAUCUUAAUCAAGGUUCUCCCAAUAUGGGAGCAAGCAGUGCAGAAAGUUUUGAUAUAGCUUACCUUAAAGGUAAAGGGACCCCUGACCAUUAGGUCCAGUCGUGACUGACUCUGGGGUUGCGGCGCUCAUCUCGCUUUACUGGCCGAGGGAGCCGGCAUACAGCUUCCGGGUCAUGUGGCCAGCAUGACUAAGCCGCUUCUGGCAAACCAGAGCAGCGCACGGAAACGCCGUUUACCUUCCCGCCUGAGCGGUACCUAUUUAUCUACUUGUACUUUGAUGUGCUUUCGAACUGCAUGGUGGCUAUAAGGAAUAUUAACAAAAUGUAAGUGAAAUGCUAGGACACUUUGAAAAAGUGCUGUGUAGAUGCCAUGUGUUGGAGAGAGCAAAGCACAUAACAGCAAGGUUGAUUCUUAUUUAAGAAAACUUGCACUCUUUCUUGUCGUGUUAAGCCAAGGCUGCUUUAUCCCUUGAGUGCUGUCACUUGACUCCACUACUUUUGAAGAAAUGUAGUAAAAGAGAAGUAAAUAUUGCUUCAGUGUGUGUGCGCUUUCAUGUGGUGACAGUAUUCUACUUAAUGAAAUAAUAAAGUUACAUUUAUAAUUUUUAAAAAAUGUGGCCCUGGCAUACAUUCCAGUACUUAUUGCUCGCUAAAAAUAUUUCUGACUUUAAUGUUGUGUUCUAAACUGUUACAGGUAUCUGCAUUAGUGACAAUGUAUAGCCAUGAAGAAGAUAUUGAUAGUGCUAUAGAGGUCUUGGCUCAAGCAAUUGAAUGGUAUCAAGAAUUUCAGGCAAGUAUUAGUCCGAUGAGAUGCCAACAGAUAAGCUGCUCGGUAUUUUGUGUUCAACUUGCAUUACAUCCCUGAUAAAAUAGUAGAAAUAUGAUCAGUACAUCACAGCUCUUUAUAAUGUAAAAAGACAUUUAUUAUCUGAAUUUGCUAGCCAGUUGUAUUCGUAAAUGGUUUGUAACUGCUACUGUGCUGCAAGAAAUAAAUUAAAUAAUUCAAGUUUCCCAUGAGCCCCAAAUCUCAACUGCAGUGGAGAGGCUGCCUGUUGCCUCUCUGCAUGAUUGCCUGUUCUGUUCUUGUCUCCUUCACUGGAGCAGUUCUCCAGUUUAUCUGUCAGUAGAUGUCAUUUGGAUCAUCCAAAAACUUCUGAUGCAGAGUCCAUGGAAUUAACUGACCUGAAAGAGAUGGAUGCAAAAAUCCAGGAGAGAUCCCCUAGUGUGGGGUAGCUCUCACAUUCACAAGUCAAGAUUUGCUUAAGUCAAGUAGUGGCCUUCCCUGACACCUGUAGUGCCCACCCCUCCUCUGAAAUCAGAAUUGAAAGAGGAAUUCUGUUGCAGCCAUUAGAACAGAUGCAUUGUACAUAUGGUGCCUGUGACAGCUUCUCGGUUUGAAAAUAUGCUCAAGGCUCCAAAACGUUAGCAGCUCCUGCUCUAAGUGCAGACUUCUUUGUGUGCACAAGGUGAAAUGUGCCCUCAGGUUUAAUUGAGGGGAAGUGUGCUGUGCCUCAGCUGUUUGGAAGUCUGCAAAAAAAUUGUUUUGUAGAAUUUUCCUGAUUUUAUCCGUAUUUUGUGGGAAGACUCGGUUACGCAUUGGAGUAGUUAUAAUUCCACAGCUGUUGAAAGUCAGUAUUCUGAGCUUGAUAGUGUGAUUGCAGUCUUGCAGCUCAUAACAGACAAAUACGCCAUUGCAGUUGUAUCCCAUCAAAGUUGUCCUGUUCACACAAGGACUUCCAGUGGCUCAGUGGAACUUCUUGCCCUUCUGUGUGUCCCCAUCUGAUGUGGAGGGUGGAGGAGGAACCCAGAACAGAUUUGAGGGUGCGCAGGGGGAAUUUCUUGUACGAAUGAUACACCUUUGUUACCUACAACCGCUGCUCUUAGGAGUCCCCUAAACUCUCAUGGCUCCAAGUGUGAAUCGGUCUCUUCAGUGGGUUAAAAAAGAGAGUGAUCACUCAUGUCAUUGUUUUAGUUGUUUUCAAACUUAACUUUAAGCAAACCUUUUUUCACCCCCAGCCAAAGUCUCCAGUUCAUUUGUCGUUAAUUAGGGAAGCUGUCAACUUCAAGCUAAAACACGGACGGAAGAAGGAAGCCAUCAGCGAUCUAGAGGAGCUGUGGAAGUAAGUCCCUUCCUGAGAGCUAAUAAGUGAGUUUUACUGCAAAAGACUCAGUGGCCCCACUAACUUUUGAAACAGAAGUUGACAGUUACUUCAGUAGUGUUAAAAAUGUAUUUAUGCAGCAAAUGAGAUAAGGCAUAUUAAAAAUGGGUUGUGCCCAGUGUUACAUGAACAGCAUCCCACUUGUGCAGUGGGACUUACCUUUCCAGUAUACCUGAAGGAGCAUCUCCACCCCCAUCGUUCAGCCCGGACACUGAGGUCCAGUGCCGAGGGCCUUCUGGCAUUUCCCUCACUGCGAGAAGCAAAGUUACAGGGAACCAGGCAGAAGGCCUUCUCGGUAGUGGCUGCCACCCUGUGGUAUGCCCUCCCAUCAGUUGUCAAAGGAAUAAAUAACUAUCUGACGUUAAGAAGGCAUCUGAAGGCAGCCCUGUUUUGGGAAGUUUUUUAAUGACUGGUGUUUUAAUGUAUUUUUAAUCUGUUGGCCUAGAGUGGCUGGGGAAACCCAGCCAGAUGGGCGGGGUAUAAGUAAUAAAUUAUUAUUAUUAUUAUUAUUAUUAUUAUUAUUAUUCCUCUCCUCUCACCACGUGCCCCCAAAAUCUGCUUCAGUGGGUCCCUCUGGAGACUCUGCAGUGGGGGCUGUGUGAGAGAAGAGGGGAAAGUUGUGGUGUCUCUACCUGUGCUUUGGACACACUUUUUUCACCCUGCAAUCCCCUAUAUAUGUGGGCACACCUGGUUUUUGGCAAGCUAUUGAAGCGAAUGGGUGUUGCCCCAAUGAGCUGCUGGAACAUCCACAGAGUGAGCAACCUCUUCAAUCAUUAGAUUCUCUUUUGGUCCCUUUCCCUACUCCUGCCACCCAUCUCUAAGAUGCAGCUUUUCUUGAGCCAGCGUGCACCUUGAAAAUAUUGUUUGUGGCGCCUAUGGAAGGUGGAGGCAGGGUGCUUCAUUUGCCUGCUUAUAUGAGGUGUCCUUCCUGUGGUGUGCAACACUGGGCUGACUGCUCUCUUUAGAACAGGCUAAAACUCUUGCACUUCUUUACUUUUGUAGGCAAAAUCCAGAUGAUGUCCAUACCCUGGCCCAGCUCAUUUCUGCGUACUCCCUGGUGGAUGGUGAGAAAGCUAAAGUGUAUCCUUCCUUGUGUGGCUGAGGAAGGUGAGACAAGGAGGUAUUCUUUGACCACUUCCUUAUAUCAGAGUAAUUGCUGCAGUGAUGCUUUUCAAAGUUUCCAGCUUUUGGAGUAUGAUGCCAUGUUCUCUGCCAAAGAAAUCCUGUGUCUUCUGGAAUUCCCCUGUUCGUGUUAUAAGACUUUCACAUCUCACUGGCCUUUGAACCUCACUGUUGUCUCAUAGGGUGCAUACAACACACACAUCCAACUAGGAAGUUCAGGUACAGCUGGGUUGGUGUUGUUGUUGUUUAGUCGUGUCUGACUCUUCAUGACUCCAUGGACCAAAGCACGCCAGGCACUCCUGUCUUCCACUGCCUCCCACAGUUUGGUCAAACUCAUGCUGGUAGCUUCGAGAACACUAUCUAACCAUCUCGUCCUCUGACGUCCCCUUCUCCUUGUGCCCUCCAUCUUUCCCAACAUCAGGUUCUAUUCCAGGGAGUCUUCUCUUCUCAUGAGAUGGCCAAAGUAUUGGAGCCUCAGCUUCAGGAUCUGUCCUUCCAGUGAGCACUCAGGGCUGAUUUCCUUCAGAAUGGAUAGGUUUGAUCUUCUUGCAGUCCAUGGGACUCUCAAGAGUCUCCUCCAGCACCAUAAUUCAAAAGCAUCAAUUCUUCAGCGAUCAGCAUUCUUUAUGGUCCAGGUUGGGUUGGUAGUCUUUCCUUUUAACUCCAUGUUUUCAUCAAGCAGAGGUACAAAAACACUAUUCUACUGUUUUGAUCCCCAAAUGCCAAGCACCUCUGUUUCUUUUAGAAGCUCAGCCUCUCAUGGUCACUCUGCCCAUCCAGAAAGUAAAAAAGAAAUUUGUUACCCCCAUUAUAUAAUGUUCCCAGCAGAAUUCUUCCCAGUCUCCUAGCUUAGUUUUUCUCUGUCGUUAUUGUACCCACUAAACUGCCUUUGAGAUCCUGAGAAUGAUUUUCUCUCUUACUUGCUUAAUGUGUUCAUAUUGAUAUUCCUUAACCCCUCCUUCACAAUAGACUUAGCAAACACUUGCCUUCUUCGGACACCAUGUCUCUGAAAGUAGAUGUGGAUGCUCUUGAAAACUCGCAUGGGGCUACAUACAUUCGGAAGAAAGGAGGGAAACCCGCGGUUGAGAACCAGCAGAAAGAACAAGGGUAAAGAAGCUUUUUAAGUAAUCCUUGACAUCCUGAGUCAGUGUUAAUAUGAAGAAGUCCAGCUCAGCGACCGAAAUAAGUUUUCUGUCUUCCAGCUACAAGCUUGCCCUAUUUCUUUCUCCUGUACAAAGCCAUUAGAUAUGCUCCCCUUGGCAUCCAUUAACUCUGUUCUUUGUGCUGCAUCUCAAGCAGGCUCAUGUGUGUUCAUGUGCUGUUGUUGUUUUUCCAGCCAAGGUGACGUCAAGAAGAAGAAGAAGAAAAAGAAGGGUGAGUGUUGUUAGCAAUGGCUGUAUAGCUGUUUGGAGUUCAAAAGUGCUUCUGGAGAAGUUGGCUAAAACUAUCUAAGCCAGGAGUCGAGAACCUGUGACCUUCCAGAUGUUGUUGGACUUUGUCUCCCAGAAGGUUCAAUCCCCAGUGUCUCCAAGUAGGUCUGGGAAGGACUUACUUUGGAGACCUUAAAAUCAGCUGCUAGCCAGUGUAGACGGUAAUGAACUAGAUGGACCAAUUGUUCUGAACCCCAGGCCCAAAGGAGGACUUGUGGGAGUGAGUGGUUGGGUGCAGGGAUACCAAAGAAGGAUGUCAAAACACCAGAGUGAUCAUUUCUAGUGCUUUAUUAAAAGAAAGGUAUAGACUUACAGCAGAUCAGCCUGCUGGGUCUCCCAGCCUUUGCAGACGAGGGAUGAGCACUGCAGCAAGGAGAUGUCUUGUCCAUGCCCAAGCAAACAUUCAUUCAUUCUUUAUACACAAAGCAGCAAAAGGCACUUUGGCCAGGACUUUCCACCACUCCACCUGACCAGAUAAAGGCAUAGGUGGCAAAUACCCAAAUCUCUCAGAUAAGAUUCCCCUUUCUGGGCUUAGAGCCCACCCCAAAGAUAAGGAUAGCAUCAAAGCAAACCAAUUAGCCUAUAUCAAAGCAAGUGAAUAUAUGAACUCAGUGCUACAACAACUACCAAUUAAUUUUGUCGUUACCUUGACUACCAGGAUGGCAUUAGCAGAGCUUCUGGAAUAGUCCACCUUUGGUUCAACACACCAAGGGACUAGCCCGGUAUAAGUCAGUUUCUCAUGUGUCUGUUAUUUAUUAAAAUAUUUUAAAUACAUACUUUAUUUAUUAAAGUUAAACAUUUAUCAACUGCUAGGUAUCUCUGCCCAUUAGCAGUGCUGCCUAGGGCAGAUAGGAGUUGGGAGUGCAACAGCUACAUGUUCCUCAUCUCAACACUGCUGUACUAGGGUGGAAUUUUUAAAAAACGACUCAAGAAGCUAAGUUCAAAUUAAGUUGACUUUCAGCCAGGAAAUCCCAGCAAUCGUGUGACAUUAAUGGUAGCGUCCUGGACUUCUUGUUUCGACGCAGCAUGCUUCUUAAUACCAGUUGCAGGGAUUAAAAGCAGGGAUAGGCUGUUGCCUUCAUUUUCUGCACGCAUUUUGCAGGCCACUGUCAGAGACAAAAAUAGAUGGAUAUUUUGGGGACUGAUCUAAGAGUGCUUUUCUAACACAAACCUUUUGAUUAGGUCUCCAUGCUAUUACAUGAAGUCGGUUCUCCACAGUAUUUAAAGUCUAGGCAUAGCUUGCUAAUUGCAACAACCCAAUUUUUGUUGUUGCAAGGAAAAGUUAAAACAUGUCAGCAUAAAGGUAUUUGUGGUUUGCGCACAAUGAGAGCGUUCUCUGUCUCCGACCAUGGAAGUGCUGUACAGCUUUGGCUGAUAAGGCGUUUACCUGCAGUGCAGCUGUUCUUAAAUCAUGACGAGUCUCCCAUGCUGAAUACUCCUUAGUAUUCAGGAAUAUUCUUUUUUUUUAACCUACUCCUUAGGAAAACUGCCAAAGAACUAUGACCCUAAAGUUGCUCCUGACCCUGAGCGCUGGCUUCCAAUGCGGGAACGCUCCUAUUAUCGCGGGCGGAAGAAGGGCAAGAAGAAGGACCAGAUUGGGAAAGGAACCCAAGGAGCAACAACAGCAGCUUCUUCUGAAUUGUGAGUAACAGGACCCAGCCUUGCGAGACUUGAUUCUAGAGCCCUCUCAGUGUCCCAGGGCAAGUAUCGUAAUCAAAGAGAGAUUUGUUGUUGUUUAGUCGUUUAGUCGUGUCCAACUCUUCGUGACCCCAUGGACCAGAGCACGCCAGGCACUCCUGUCUUCCACUGCUUCCCACAGUUUGGUCAAACUCAUGCUGGUAGCUUCAAGAACACUGUCCAACCAUCUCGUCCUCUGUCGUCCCCUUCUCCUUGUGCCCUCCAUCUUUCCCAACAUCAGGGUCUUUUCCAGGGAGUCUUCUCUUCUCAUGAGGUGGCCAAAGUUUUGGAGCCUCAGCUUCAGGAUCUGCCCUUCCAGUGAGCACUCGGGGCUGAGUUCCUUCAGAAUGGAUAGGUUUGAUCUUCUUGCAGUCCAUGGGACUCUCAAGAGUCUCCUCCAGCACCAUAAUUCAAAAGCAUCAGUUCUUCGGCAAUCACGGCAGUGGCAGUGAGAGGCCCCAUUAGCUAAAGUGGUGCUUCAGGUUAAGAACAGUCCUCCGGAACGAAUUAAGUUCGUAACCCAAGGUACCACUGUAUCUUGGUCGGUUCAUAUGGAGAGAGGCAGUCAUGCUACAGGAGGAUGAAAGAGUGCAGGAAGAUGAGCAGGCUUUGUGGGCCUGGGAAAGUUGAAGAGACGAAGGCAAUAGAGUUGUCUGCUUUGCUCAAGUCAUCUGAAGGGCUGGAACUUAGGAACUCAUUUGGUAACUGAAGAUCUCAAUCUCUCUUGGCAGUCCUACAGGAAUCAGGAUUUUACUUGAAUGUGUCUGUAUGCAGGCAUCCUAGAGGGAAAGUAUCCAGCUCCUAGAAAAGAGUGACGACACCCCCCCAGCCCCAUGUUCUCCAAGAAUAAAAAAAUUAUCCCAAAGCAUUAUAUAUGAAUGGCAUGCUGAUGUAUAUAUUGUAGCACCUGCAGUAUACAGUCGUACCUUGGAAGUCGAACAGAAUCCGUUCUGGAAGUCUGUUUGAAUUCCAAAACGUUUGGAAACUAAAGCAUGGCUUCUGAUUGGCUACAGGAAGCUCCUGCAGCCAAUCGGAAGCCCUGCCGGACGUUUGGGUUCCAAAGAACGUUUGCAAACCAGAACACUCACUUCCGGGUUUGCAGCGUUCGUGAGCCAAAGUGUCUGAGUACCAAGGCAUUCGGGAUCCAAGGUACAACUGUACUAGCUAGCAGUGGCUCAAUUCUGCCCACAGCUUAUUGUAAAAAAAAAAAGGGGGGAGCUAGAAUUUCUAAGCGGUGUUCUUCUGUUAUGUAAAGGAAUGAAUUCUUCACUGCAAGCAGUAAUAUAUGACAUGUGCAUGAGGUUUAACCUGUUUGUUUUGUUUUUGUUGCUGACAGGAGGAAAGAUAUACCGUACAUCUAAGCUCUGUGUGAUAAUAAUCCCAUUUGUCUCUUCCUUGUCUACAGGGAUGCUAGCAAGACUGCAAGUAGUCCACCUACAUCCCCAAGGCCUGGCACCGUAACGGCCGUUCCAUCUGCAUCAACAAGCAACAUGAUACCGCCAAGGCAUCAAAAGCCUGUUGGCGCAGCUGCCACAAAGAAGAAACAGCAGCAGAAGAAAAAGAAAGGUGGGAAAGGAGGCUGGUGAUCAUGGCAAGCAGGCUGUUUAAAUUGAAAUUGCCUGUCUUCCUUUCAUUUUCUUUUUUUCCAAUUGCGAAUGCCAAGAGCGGAAUAAAGGUCAAACAAAAAGCAGGGUGGAU